GAAGGUAGGCCAAAAUGAAGCAUGCAAAAGAAACUGUAUCCAAGAGCCCUUAAGGAGAAAACAGUGAAACAUUACUGUGAGCCUGCCAAAAUGAAAAGUAUAUAUGAUCAGCUUCACAAGUAAAGAUUGGGAUCAACACCUUCACUUUCGUGUCUGUGUUGUUUCUCCACCCCUCUUUCGCUGACUCCUCACCAUCCGUUCGUCUCCUGAGACGCCCUGUUGGAACUGGUCUCUGACAUCUGGUGCCCCCCGAACAGGGACGAUCAGUAAUCCAUAAGUCUGAUGCAUUCAUUUCAUUCAGAAGUUUUCUGAUGGAUCCUCUACUGGAAUAGCUGUUACUAUUAUAGAAGACCAAGAGCCAACAGUCCAACAAACAACUGGAACCUCGGCUCAAAGGACAGAAUUGAUUGCUAUUAUAACUGCUUUUGAAAAGAUUACACAGCCUUUUAAUCUUUAUACUGAUUCCCAAUAUAUAGUUAAUCUCUUUCCAGCCAUAGAAACAUAUUCUUGGUCCUCUCAUUCAUCAAUUGUUAAUAUAUUACAAAAGUUACAAAAAUUAAUAUUACAGAGAUCUUAUAAAUUUUUUAUUGGACAUAUUAGAGGACAUUCUAACUUACCCGGACCUUUAGUGGCAGGAAAUGCUAAAGCUGAUUUAUUAACUAGGACUGUUUAUAAUGUUAUUGAACAAGCUAGUAAAAAUCGUCAAUUACAUCAUCAAAAUUCUGCUGCUCUUAGAGCACAGUUUCAUAUAACUAAAGAACAAACUAGACAAAUUGUUAAACAAUGUCAAAUCUGUCCUACUCACUUUCCUUCUCCACAGAUGGGUGUCAACCCUAGGGGUUUAUUACCCAACAAAUUGUGGCAGAUGGAUGUUACUCAUAUUCAAGAGUUUGGAAAGUUAUCUUUUGUUCAUUUUUGUGUGGAUACUUUCUCACAUGUUAUUUUUGCUACAGCCCAUAUUGGAGAAGCUUAUAAGGAUAUUGCCCAACACCUUUUUGCCUCCUUUGCAUAUAUGGGAUUACCUCUUCAUAUUAAGACAGACAAUGCUCCUGCUUAUAUUUCAAAAACCUUUAAACAUUUGUGUCAAGCACUUAACAUAGUUCAUUCCACAGGCAUCUCCUAUAACCCAUCUCCUAUAACAAGCCAUAGUGGAAAGAGCUCAUCAGACCUUAAAAUCUCAAAUUAAUAAAUUAAAAGAGGGGGAACUACAUUAUAGCUCUCCUCAUCAAAUUCUUCAACAUGCUCUAUUUGUCAUUAAUCAUUUAAAUGUAAAUGAUUCUAAAUUAACUCCAAUGCAACGUCAUUGGUCUGAGCAAACAGUAACUCAAAAAAAUUUAGUUAAAUGGAAAGAUCUUCUUACUGGACAGUGGAAAGGACCUGCUAUUCUCUUAACAUCGGGUCGAGGAUAUGCUUGUGUGUUUCCACAGGAUGCUACUUCACCUUUGUGGAUUCCAGAUCGACUCAUCAGACAUUAUGACUCACCCAUAUCACAGGCGGAGGUUCCUCCCCAAGCCAUACCCAAGGAUGCCAUCGACCCAGGAUGAAGAACUUGCCGAGGACAUGACUAAUCUUCACCUUCAUUCCCCUCGACAGGCACAAGUAACAUUGGCAUCAAAAUUACCUUCUUGGGGUCAAAUAAAACAUCUGACCAGUCAGGCACAAAACUUGGUUGUUAGCCAAGGUGCCUCUGCCUCUCCUGAAAAAGUGUUUCUUGCUAUGCUCAGUCAGGUAUCACUGAUUUCUGAUAAUCAAUCUUAUUGGGCUUAUUUUCCUGAUCCUCCUCUUUUAAGAGUUACUGAUUGGGGAAAACUUAAUAUUAAGGUGUUUACUGAUAAUCCUGAAUUGUUAGGAGGGAUUUCUGAUUCCCUUAUUCCUCAUAAGAUGUCAUAUAAGAUUAAUUUCAAGGGUUUAAUAGAAGAGACUCCUAUUUGCUUUGCUACUGAUAAUAAAUUCAUCCCUCAAGGAUGUAUGCCUAUUAAUUAUAGACAAUAUUUUACUGAUUGCCCUCCUGGCUUCCCAGACAUGGAUAAUAAAAAGAGGAGCCUUUGGCUCCUUGAAAUGGUUUCUUUAGGAUACUAUAUAGUUAAUGAAACCUAUGUUAAUAAGACAUUACCUGAAGCCAUUGAUCCAUGUGGAUUAAAGAAUAACAAAAAUGAUUUUUAUUGGAAUAAUAUGAUUGAUCCUAGGGAAGAAUUUCCUUAUUGGUUUCAAUGUGGAUUUAUGCAAAGGGCACAAGUCUUUCAGCCUAAGUUUUCAGAUGUUAAGAUCUAUGAUUGGUCUGCUUCUGCCCCUCAUUUUGAUUAUAAAAAUUAAUUUAAGACUAAGUCUCAAAAAUUUAAUCAUACUGAAGGAAUGUAUACAAGUUCUCCUAUUCAUAGAUGGUACUCACCUGGUUGGGUCACUCCCAUAUUUCAGAGUGAGCUCCCUAAUGGAAAGGUUUCAUACUUCCCAGAUCUCUUUAGAUUAAUUGCAGCUACUAAUAUGGUUCUUUUAAUCAGACCUGGUAAAACUCCAGGACCUUUCAAUAUUCAUGCUUGCAUUAAUGCUACUCAUGCUAUUUUAGUAGGUAAUAAUAAUACCUUGACAAUUAAUCAUAAUAAUAGUGUUUAUUCUAUUUCCUGUGAUCAGUGUAUGUUAACUAAUUGUAUACAUGCUAAUCUUCCAAAAAACGACACUACUUUUAUAAUUAUACAUCAGCCUUCCUAUGUAAUGAUUCCUGUCCUUCUUAAUGAUGAUUGGUAUGAUGAUGAAGGGUGGCAAAUUCUUAAAAAAAUAAUGAAUUAAUUAGACCUAAGCGAUUUGUUGCAGCAUUAAUUUUAGGAAUUACAGCAUUAAUAGGAGUUAUUACUUCUUUAGCUUUAUCUACUACAGCUUUAGUUAAAGAAAUUCAUACUGCUCAUCAUGUUAAUGAUUUAUAUCAUAAUGUUUCAUUAGCAUUAGGUAUUCAAGAAAAAAUAGAUAAGAAAUUGGAGGCCCAGAUUAAUGCCUUAGAGGAAGCUUUAUUAUAUGUAGGAAACCAGAUUCAAAAUAUAAAAACUCAAAUGACAACCAAAUGUCAUGCUAAUUUCAAAUGGAUCUGUGUUACUCCCUUAAAAUAUGAUCAAACUAAAUAUGGAUAGAAUCAAGUACAAACUCAUUGAUUAGGGAUCUGGAAUAAAACUGAAAUAGGCCCCAAUAUACAAGAUUUACAACAACAAGUAAAAUAUAUAAGUAAGCCUUAUUUAUCUACUGACUCUACAGCUGACUUUGCUGUACAUUUAUACAAAAAUGUACAAAAAACUAUUUCCAAUAGUACUUGGUGGUCAUAUAUGAUUAAUAUUGGUUUUGGCUUUUUAUUCAUUGUUCUUGUUUGUCUCAUUCUUCCAGUCCUCUUCAGACUUGUCUGGAAAUCUAUCAGAAGCAUCUCCGUCCAAAUCGAACAAAUCAAAUUAAAAAAUAAAAAAGGGGGAAAUGCUGCACCCCUCCCCUGACUCAGGCAAUGGCAAGGCCCUACUGAGGUGGAUGGCACAAGGUGUCCAUCCUCUGGAGGAGUGCAGUAUGUUUCUUGGAAUGGGCUGAUUUGUUUUUGCAUUCCUUUAAUAAGUAUAGUUGUAACUUCUCAUAUGACCACUAAGUAUGAAGGAAAAAACAUGACUUUCCCAAUUAAUGCAAUUACUUCUAAAGAAUAGAUCUGUUUGCUCUAAAUGCAAUGAUUCAGUUGUGGAGUGUAAAUUGUUAAUGUCUAAUGAAAAACUCCCUGUAUUCCUGUCAAGGAAGUUUUUGAGAAAUUAAAUUAAAAUCUAGAGAAGAAAAAUUAAUGUUAAGAAGACAGAUUGGUGCUUAGUACUGGGCAACUCGUUCUUGUUCCUCUGCACAAUUGUUUGUGCUCUUACUCUUGUUUGAUUAAAAUUAAUAACAAGUCAACCACUUGCCAUAACCAUGGCACUGGUUUCAGUCAGUAAGUCAAGAAAGAAUAGUCAAGGUAUAGGCCAAUAGUUUGGGACAUCUCUAACUAUUAUUAAAGGUUAACUAAGCAGAAACAGCUCAAAGCAAAAAGUGAACUGAAAGUACAAAUGCUUGCUUAUGCAUAAGCCAAGAUACAUUAUUCUAUUCUAAUUGUAGCUACGUAAUAUUCUGUUUCUUUGAAUAAUAAUUCCUGUUUUGUAACCACAAAAUACUGUGAGCCUGCCAAAAUGAAAACUAUAUAUGAUCAGCUUCAUAAGUAAAGAUUGGGAUCAACACCUUCA